CGGGAAAAAAGCAAUAAAAUAUACAUCACUAAAAAUGGCCAAUAAGCAACUAUUCACCUUCAUUGUCUCCUAUUUAUAGCGGUAAUCCUCUUCCAACAUGCACACACUUCAAACACAAACACACAAGAACAAAGCAAAAGAAAGAGAAACCGAGAUUUUUUUUGUUCUCUAAAAGAUGGAACUAGAAUCUUCUCCUCCACUACCUCCUCAUGUGAUGCUCGUAUCAUUCCCAGGACAAGGCCACGUGAAUCCACUUCUUCGUCUAGGAAAGCUCUUAGCUUCAAAGGGUUUACUCGUAACCUUUGUCACCACAGAACCAUGGGGCAAAAUGAUGCGACUCUCCAAUAAAAUCGAGGACCGCGUCCUCAAACCCGUCGGUAAAGGCUAUCUCCGGUUCGAAUUCUUCGACGACGGGCUUCCCGAAGACGACGAUGUGAGCAGAAAUGACUUCGCCUUCUUCCGACCACACCUCGAGCUUGUCGGCAAGAGAGAGAUAAAAAACCUCGUGAAACGAUACAAGGAAGUGACAAAACAGCCCGUGACGUGUCUCAUCAACAACCCCUUCGUCUCUUGGGUUUGUGACGUGGCUGAAGAUCUUCAAAUCCCGUGUGCACUUCUCUGGGUUCAGUCUUGCGCCUGCUUAGCUGCUUAUUACUAUUACCACCACAAACUAGUUGAUUUCCCGACCGAAACAGAUCCCGAGAUCGAUGUCCAAAUCCCUGGCAUGCCUCUCUUGAAGCACGACGAGAUCCCUUCUUUCAUUCACCCUUCAAGUCCUUACUCCGCUUUGGGAGAAGUGAUCUUAGACCAGAUCAAAAGACUUCACAAGACUUUCUCUGUUUUCAUCGACACUUUCGACUCCUUGGAGCAAGACAUCAUCGACCACAUGUCAAGUCUCUAUCACCCCGGCGUUAUUAGACCUCUCGGACCGCUUUACAAAAUGGCUAAGGCUUUAAAUUACGAUGAGACCAAAGGGAACAUCUCUGAGCCAACGGAUGAAUGCAUGGAGUGGUUAGACUCGCAGCCUAUUUCCUCUGUUGUAUACAUCUCGUUCGGGACCGUUGCCUACGUGAAACAAGAACAGAUAGACGAGAUCGCUUACGGUGUAUUGAACGCGGACGUUACGUUCUUGUGGGUUAUUAGGCAACAAGCGUUAGGUUACAACAAAAAGAGACAUGUUUUGCCCGAAGAAGUCAAAGGGAGAGGGAAGAUCGUUGAAUGGUGCUCACAAGAAAAAGUUCUGGCUCAUCCUUCGGUGGCUUGUUUCGUGACUCACUGUGGAUGGAACUCGACAAUGGAAGCUGUGUCAGCCGGAGUCCCGACGGUUUGUUUUCCUCAGUGGGGAGAUCAAGUCACUGACGCCGUUUACAUGAUCGACGUUUUCAAGACGGGAGUGAGGCUCGGCCGUGGAGAGGCGGAGGAUAGAGUGGUGCCGAGGGAGGAAGUGGCGGAGAGGCUGAGGGAGGUCACGAAAGGAGAGAAAGCAACGGAGCUGAAAAAGAAUGCUUUGAAAUGGAAGGAAGAGGCGGAGGCGGCGGUUGCUCGCGGUGGCUCAUCUGAUCGGAAUCUUGAGGUGUUUGUGGAAAAGUUGGGUGCCAAACCUGUGGCGAAAAUACAAAACGGAAGUCAUAAUCAUGUUUUGGCUGGAUCGAUCAAAAUCUUUUAAAAAGUCAUUAAAGUCUUUUGUUUCUUUUUUUGUUUAAUUCUGCAGAAUCUUUUUAAUUUGUGUGUCGUAUGCAUUCUCUCUACUUCAAUUUAUUUUUUUCUUUUUUACUUUCUAGGUAUGUAUGGGUCUAUGGAUAAAAAAAGUCAACUAAUCCUUUUUGAAAAAGAAAUCUCAAAUCACGCUUUAAAUUA